AUGUUGACCAACAACGAUCUGAUCGAGCAGUUCUACUUCCCCAGCGAAACGCAUUCCCACUCGGAUGAGCUGCUGGGCGUUCAAGGCAUGGAUGCCUUCCAGCAGUUGGAGCAGUUCAUGUACCAGCAGGAGCUCAGUGCAGCCAGCGGCGACAGCCACUCGGAUGAGACCAACAGUUCCACCAUGGAGCAGCUGUACUACGACACCCCUGCCGUUCUGGGACUAGAGCACAUGCUCUCCGCCCAGGCCGAGGAGCAUCAACAGCAGCAGCAGCAGCAGAAUCAAGCGAAUUCUUUGGGCAAAUACCCGCAGAGGAGUUCCAAUUACUGGACCAAGCAGCAGCAACACCGAAGCAAGCCCUACGACAAGCUCUCCACCUCCAUCUCAUCAUUAUGCUCCAGCACCUCCUCAUCAUCUGCGUCAGCGUCCGCACCUUUGUCUCCUGUGUGCAGUGGAGUUGUCCUCAAGAAGCGUCGCCUGGCGGCCAAUGCCCGGGAACGCCGCCGGAUGAACAGCCUGAAUGAUGCCUUCGACAAGCUGCGCGAUGUGGUGCCAUCUCUGGGCCACGAUCGACGGCUCUCCAAAUACGAGACGCUGCAAAUGGCACAGGCAUAUAUCGGUGAUCUGGUUACGCUGCUCUCCAGGGACUAUUGA